AACAACAAAAAACGCUAAACAAAAACAAAAAAUUUCAAUAAAUUAAAAAAAAAUCCUCUUUAUCUCGCACAACGCUUCAGCUGCACAAGUUACAAAUUACACGUUACAAGUUAAUUUUAAAUACAAGCCGCUCUUGUUGUUAUUGUUGUGCAUUUAAAUUUAUUUACUUUUUUUUGUAUUAUUAUUGUUGUUUGCUCGCGUUCCACGCAUUCAAUUGAAUGUAUCGUGCUCGGUGGCGGCAGCAAUGAGUAUACCGGCGCGCGGCAAAUGGACUUCGGCGACUGCGGUGGCGACGGCGGGCGUACAGCGCAGGCGUGUAAUCAACAAACACAUUCAACAGAAGUAUCUGUUAUGUGGGUUUGCCAUACAUGCUUUCCUCGCCACACCUGCCUAUCUCUAUGGCAAUGUCGUGGAGUCGGAUAAGGAUUUGGUGCUGCGCAUCUGGCCGGCAAUAGUUUACCAAGCCACGGGUCAGAUUUGUCGCUCCAUUCUGGAACAUCUGGAUACAGAGUAUCGGGGUCGUGAACGUGAGACCACACAAUAUCGGCGCUUCUUUCUUUGUGCCACGCUCACCACUUGCCUCUCGCUAAUGAUUAGCGGUGUAUUCUUUUCAUCGGCUUGGUUUAUUGUUUCAACAACAACGCAAGCUGUAGCAAUAGUAUUUUAUGGAUUAUUUGCAGGCAUUGGUUCUAGUCUCUUUAUUUGGAAGACCCACGUCAUUUUGGAAGCGGUACGGCCUCGCGAAGAUAAGUUCGUUCGCAAAACUAUACACCUCUGCGGCGAGGCAUUCUGUCAGCUCUUUCUCUCAUUCGUCUUCACCAGUCUACGUACACUUUACGGUACAGCGCAGUCGAUAGUACUGAUGUCCGCAUUAUUAGUGAACCUCAUACCGAUCAGUUUAAUUAUCACACGUCAUCGUGAAGGUUCCAUCACAAAGCGCAUUUCGAUGAUCACCGCGGAGAGUUCCUUCCCGCCACUGCAUCAUCAACUGGGCGCGUUCCCGCCCAGCAUUGCUGAUCAAAUCGAUGGCAUUGAUGUACAAAUGCCACGAAUUUGGAAGAGUCCGCUACGCGAACAGCAUCCGGGAACCGCGACCGCUGCUUUGUUUUCGGCUGAAGCACGGAAUAAUUAUAUGUUGGCAGCGGAUGAGGCCUAUGUGACCUUUGUCAAUCCAAAUGGUGUAGAGAUUAUGGAAAUCAUACCCGAGGAAGAUGAGACUGUGUCUAUGAUUCGUGGCAGCUCAGCGACUAUAGGAAAGAGUCAUAACAGCGUGGCUGCAUCACAAAAAAUCCAUCCUAAUGCUUCAUCGAAUGGAUUACAGCAAAUGGAUGAGACGGCAGGCGCCGACAAGACAGAGACCGAUGUCACAGAAGUCGGAAAGUUCUAUAAAUUUCAACGCAUAUCCCGUUACAUAACUACGAAUAUUUGGAAGACUUUGAAGGAAAAAACUUUUCUGCCACUACAGCGUGCGCUCUUGGUGCCACGCCUCUACUCAACCACACUACUUAUGUCCGCGGACAUCUUCUCGUAUGUAAUGUGCCUAACGGUACUGCCGGGAUUGGCGGUGACUCAUCAUGCUAUCAAAAACGCAGAAAUACCAUUUCUCUUUUCGCUUUUGGCCUUCCCAUGGAUGUGCUUCUCGUUGAUGACCCCACGCUUCGGCAGUAGUUUAUAUAAACGCAAAAUCGAGUGGCAUACUUUAGGAAGCGUUUGUAAGGCUUUGGCCCUAAUUCUAAUUAGUUUCUCCACGUCGAAACUGCAACUGAGUGUUUCCUCCGUCUUGUUGGGUUUCGGUCAAGCGGUAACGCUCUUCCUUCAGGAUGUUGUCUUUCAGCGCAGCAUGCCACGUGCUCAAUGGAAUGCCAUACGUUAUCCAGUACAUUUCACCAAUGGUCUAUUAAUGUUUGUGUGGGGCGCCUUGGCUCAUUGGGUUGUUGUGACCUUAUCUUUUCAGGCCUCAGUGGGUUUGGCGGGCAUGGUUUACGUUAUAAGCAUGAUUACUUGGAAUAUGAUUUUUGUCUGUUGCAACACGAGAGAUUGAAAAAUUCAACAGUAUUUACGAUUUUAAACCCACUGGUUGUUAUAAAGGUGUUAGCCCUCAACUACUCCUGCGGACUUAAAGAGAAAUUUAUGAAAUUCUUGCAACGUAGUAAAAGUUAAACUUGUCAUAGGCAUAUCUGAGGUUAGACUUAUUUAAAAUUGUUCCUCUUAAAAUGAAUUUUUUUUAAAUAUUGUAAUUAUGUCAAAAUUGUUAAGUAUUAAAAUCAAAUAACGAAUAAAAAUUUAAAAGAAAAAUCAGAGUUUAAGUAUAUGU